CAGCAAAGGGUUUGGUUUUGUAUGUUUCUCCUCUCCAGAAGAAGCCACUAAAGCAGUUACAGAAAUGAAUGGUAGAAUUGUGGCUACCAAACCACUGUACGUGGCUUUAGCUCAGCGCAAAGAAGAGCGCCAAGCUCACCUCACGAACCAGUACAUGCAGAGAAUGGCAAGUGUGAGAGCUGUGCCCAACCCCGUAAUCAACCCCUACCAGCCAGCACUUCCUUCAGGUUACUUCAUGGCAGCUAUCCCGCAGACUCAGAACCGUGCUGCAUACUGUCCUCUUAGCCAAAUUGCUCAACUAAGACCUACUCCUCACUGGACUACUCAGGGUGCCAGACCUCAUCCAUUCCAAAAUAUGCCCGGUGCUAUCCGCCCAGCUGCUCCUAGACCACCAUUUAGUACUAUGAGACCAGCUUCUUCACAGGUUCCACAAGUCAUGUCCACACAGCGUGUUGCUAACACGUCAAGUCAGACAAUGGGUCCUCAUCCUGCAGCGGCUGCUGCUGCAGCUAAUCCUGCUGUCCGCAUCAUUCCAUAGUAUAAAUAUGCUGCAGGAGUUCGCAAUCCUCAACAACAUCUUAAUGCACAGUCACAAGUCACCAUGCAGCAGCCUGGUGUUCAUGUACUAGGUCAGGAGCCUUUGACUGCUUCCAUGUUGGCAUCUGCCCCUCCUCAGGAGCAACAGCAAAUGUUAGAUGAACGGCUGUUUCCUCUCAUUCAAGCCAUGCACCCUACUCUUGCUGGUAAAAUCACUGGCAUGCUGUUGGAGAUCGAUAAUUCAGAACUUCUUCAUAUGCUUGAGUCUCCAGAAUCUCUUCGUUCUAAAGUUGAAGUUGUAGCUGUACUGCAAGCCAACCAAGAUAAAGAGGCUACCCAGAAAGCAGUUAACAGUGCCACUGGAGUUCCAACUGUUUAAAAUUGAUCAGGGACCACGAAAAGAAACUCGUGCUUCACCGAAGAAAAAUAUCUAAACAUCGAAAAACAAUAUUAUAGAAAAAAAAAAACAUUGCAAAAAUAUAAAAUAAAUAAAAAAAGGAAAGGAAACUUUGGACCUUAUGUACC